AUGCAAAAUAAAAUAUUUGAACCAGCAGAAAUAGAUCUCAUUAUAAACCUACGAUUUCAAUUAUAAUCCAAAUUUCUAUCCAAAAAUAAUAAUUAUGUUGAAAUUAUGUGUUAUUAAAAUCUAUUGUUUAAGAAGGUAGUUCUUGGAUACAUAUCUCUAGUCGUAAAAAUCAUUAAAAAUGACGAAACUUAAUAGUACUUUGAGAUAUUAAAUCAAACAUGAAUCUAAUUCCAUUAUUUUGAGAUUGGAAAAGGAUGAUUGUUUAUUUAAAGAAUAUUUAUUUCUUGAUAAGUCUGGACCUUGGGAAUUAAAAUUAAAAUCUUCAAUUCCCUAAUUAGAUUAUUAGACAUAUUAUGAACUUGAGAAAUUGAUAGGAAGUGGAAGUUUUGCAUCUGUUUACAUAGCUAAAAGGAAAACAGAUGGUAUUAAAUUAGCAAUCAAAGCUUUUCUUAAGAAAAUGCUUAUGCAAAAAGAUCCUGAUAAAUGGAGAGUAUUUCAAUUAAAUUUUAAUUUGUUAGGAAUCAAUUGAUAAUGAAAUCAAAGUUAUGAAAUCUUUAGAUCAUUCCAGCUUAUUAAAAUGUCAUGAUCAUUUUGAAAAUAGAGCAUAAUGUUAUAUAGCUAUGGAUUGGGCUAGAGGAGGAACUCUAGAAUAAGGAUUAAGUAAAUUAGAAGAACCUUUACCGUUUCUGACAGUCAAAGUUAUUUUCCGAUAAAUUGUUGAAGCAAUUAAAUAUAUGCAUGAACAUGGAUAUAUGCAUAGAGAUCUAAAACCAAGUAAUAUACUACUUAAGAGACCUAUGCCAUUAAAAUAAUUUUCAUUGAUUGCUUAAACAGAUCCUAAUAUAGUAGUUAGUGAUUUUGGUGUAAGUUCAGAAAUAAAAAUUGAUAUGGAUGUUGGAAAAUAUUGUGGAUCUCCAGGUUUUAUGGCUCCUGAAGUAAUUCUUUGUGAAAAUAAUCAAACAUUAACCUAUAAUGAGAAAUGUGAUAUAUUUAGUUUAGGAUGCAUAUUAUAUAGAUUGUAAUUUAGUUCAUAUAUAUUGUAGAAUCACAAAUAAAUCAUUAUUUAAUGGAUAAAAUUCAUUAGCAAUGAAAUAAUAGAAUUUAGAAUGCCAUUUAGAUUGGAUAUAGAUUCAAGAAGAACUAUAUUAAAAUAAAGCAUUGACAAACUUAUUAAAUAAAUUAUUAUCAAUAGAUCCUAAAUAGAGACCUUCAUGUGAAGAAAUAUUAAAUAGCAAGAUCUUACAUGUUUAAUUAGAUAAUGUUGGUUGUCCAUUAUUUAUAAAUUAUAAGAAACCUAAAUCUACUUCAAUUUAAUAAAUUAAAACUCCUAGACCAUCAAUUAAAUCUGUAAGUAAUUGUAAAUUACCAUAAUUAUCACCAAAUCAUGUAAAUAUUAAUAAUCAUAACAACAAUAAUAAUAACAAAAAAUAAGGUAAUUUUUUAUUACCUCCUAUAAAUACUAGAAUAAAAACUGAAUAAUAUUGA